CACACAUCAUCAUCCUUUUCCAUCCCAGCCCAUCCCCAUUAUCCUUUCUUCCCCCUACCUCCCCCUCUUGGUGUAAUGUAUCAUCCUGUAAUACGAGUUUUCGUCUCUGUCUUUUCUUUCUAUUCUUCCAUUCAGGUCCUUUCUUCUCUCGGCCCUGGACACGCCGCAAGCCUGGCCCGGCCUGGCACGGCACCUGCACACACACACACACACACACACACACACACACACAACUGCACGCACGCACUUGCUUUGCAUAUGCAGAAGUGGGCGAGCGCCGCAAGAAAACGUGGACCGUUUAGAACAAACACGCAGCUUUCCGGCUGCGCUGUCAUCCGCUCAUACGUCCUGACUCGUCCUCAGUCCGACACACGACUCCAUUAUUCUCCCACUUUCGGCUCAGGGGAUGCAUCACGUAUCUAUUUAGCUUGUAUAUAGACAAUUACGCACUGCUGGAUGUAGACCGAUAGAAUGUCAUGUUACGGCAUGGCAUAGGAUGUGCUGGCUGAUGGCCACCG